AUGAAGCCUACUAAUAUUUUUUUAUGCUUUGCAGCUAUAAGUAUAGCUGCAAAUGCUUUUCGCUGGGAUGUUAAGCUGUUAGGACAAUUUUCAAGCUUUGACUUGAGCAAAACGAAUAUUAAUGAAGACAAAAGGGAACAUAUUGGCGAUGAAUCUGAGAAAAAAAUCAUUCUUGAGCGUCCCAUAAGGCACAGAUCGAUCUUAGAAGAUCUGCUGAAAAGUUUAAAAGUAGAAAGCGAGUCUCAUAAAAGAACUCAGGAAAAUCAUUGCUCUAAACGAAAAGACUCAAAUCAAAAUUUAAGAAUAAAGAGCAAUCUUACUCAAUUGGGAGUGGAUAAAGUAAAACAAUAUGCUGGUUAUUUAGAUACGGAUGACAACAAGAAACAUUUUUUUUUUGGUUUUUUGAAUCUAGAAACGAUCCGACGAAGGAUCCAAUAA